GGCGGCGGCGCGGGCAGCGCAGAGCCGGCGGGGAUGGCACUGUAGAUAUCCGCGUGUCUAGACCUCUCCGAGAUGUCAGGUAUUAGUCCGGAGGGGCAGAUCUGCGAGCCACACAGCAGCGCCCGGGUCUACGGUACAUUAGGCUCUCCGUGGGAGAGGGAUCCCAGACAGCUCUGCUGGGGAGCCAGCCCAGGAGAUUUGUUAGCGGGCUGCUCCGGGGGAUACCAGCCACCUCCGGCACCCGAGCGCCAAAGGUGCUUGUGCUGCUGCUGCUGCUGCUGCUGGCGCAUUUCAUCCAAACUCCAGCCAGAGCCAGGGCAAGUUGAACCGGAGACAUCGGAGCCGCUGUGCUUUGGAGAGACGAGGGCGCACGGGGAGCGCGGCGGCACCAUGCCUGCUAUCAAGAAGGAGCGACUUGACAGGGAAGAGAUGGCCCUGGCAGCUUUUAACCAGCCCGUGGAAACCUUACCUGACUACCUCGCGCCUCUGGCCGCCGCUGCCAUUCCGGUGGUCACCCCGCACCCGCCGGCUUACGACCAGAUCUUUGCCCACCGCGCGUACCUGGGCUUCCACGAGCCCCACCACCCCCACCCGCACCACCCCCACCACCUCCCCGAGGACCUGAUGCUGGAGAGGUUUUCCUCCAUCCCGGAUUUCCAGCCCUUCUUUGACAACGGAGAGCCUUGCAUCGAGGUGGAGUGCGGGGAGAACAAGGCGCUGCUCUACAUCAAUAAGUUGUGCCAAGGGAGCAAAGGACCCUCUAUCCGGUACCGGGGAGAGUGGCUCACCCCCAACGAGUUCCAGUUUGUCAGCGGCAGAGAGACGGCCAAGGACUGGAAGCGCAGCAUCAGGCACAAAGGGAAAAGUUUGAAGACUCUUAUGUCCAAAGGAAUCUUACAGGUACAUCCUCCAAUCUGUGAUUGCCCUGGGUGUCGAAUUUCGUCUCCAGUGAACCGGGGCCGCCUGGCAGAGAAGAGAACCAUCCCCCUGCCCCCCACCAGGGUCCCCAAGAAGGAGCUGAGCUCCAUCUUCUCCCACAGCGAGGACAGCCAGGAGAGCGACAAGAGCAAUGGGCAGCACCCCGAAGUGAAGCAGGAGGAGGAUCUGCACAUCAGUAUCAUGAAAAGAAGGAUUCACACCCACUGGGAUUUAAACAUCUCCUUCCGAGAGACCUCUUGCAGCCGCGACAGCGACCUCUCCACCAUCAUCUCCAACCUGCACCAGAGCCGCCAGCUCGUUAUGCCAGAGACCCAGAGCCGCUGUGAGUUCAAGAGGAACACCCUGGACGUGGGGCUGGCAGCUGCAGAUGAAAUUUUAGGCAAGAGAAGAGUAUGUUCUCCCAACAGCAGCAGUGAGUGUCCUUUAGAGAGCAAGAAAGCCCGAAGUGAGUCCCCGAAGGAGAACUCGCAGACGGCGGUGCUGGAGGAGGCCGUGGCGCAGAUGACCCCGGAGGAGCACUACAGGCGCAUGAUGUCGGCCCUCAACGAGCACGGCGCCUUCGAGGAGCAGCAGCAGCAGCGCCUCUACCAGCUGGCCAACAGCAUGGCAGUGCCCAGCCACGGAGAUCUGCUCCGGGCGCGGCAGGAGGCGGCGGCGGCGGCGGCGCGGACCCCGGGCGCGAUGGAAGCGCACAUCCCCUCGGCCAGCAACUCCUCCAGCCAGCGCAGGAAGCAGGGCCUGCCGCAGCACAGGGACAGCCACUUCCCCGACAGGGAGAUCUCCCACCCACCGCCUCUGCUGUCGCCCCAGAACGCUCCCCACAUCGCCCUGGGGCCCCACUUGAGACCUCCCUUCCUCGGGGUGCCUUCGGCGCUGUGCCAGACGCCAGGUUACGGGUUCCUGCAGCCGGCGCAGGCCGAGAUGUUCGCACGGCAGCAGGAGAUGCUACGGAAACAAAACCUGGCCAGGCUGGAGAUGUCUGCCGAGCUGCUCCGGCAGAAGGAGCUGGAGAACCUGCACCGGCAGAGGCUGCUGGCCGGAGACCCUCUGAGCCUGCACCCGGGGCUGCCCCCGGACCACCCCGCGCUGCGCAGCGUGCACGACGUCCCCGAGGGCCACGCGCUGCGCGACGAGCUGUCCCGGCGCAACGCCAUGCUGGUGCUGCGGCACAACAACGCCCCGCUGCUGUCCCUCACCCCCGGCGGCCCCGGAGCCGCCACCCCGCCCAAGGAGCAGCCCCGGCGGGCCGGGGGAGGCCGCAAAUCCUCGCAGCCCCGCGCGGAGCCGCAGGGCCCCGGGGAGGCGCGGGAGCCGCGCGCCAGGGACGGCGCCCAGGACUGUAACGACGAGGAGAUGAAGGACUCGGAGAGCGACGCCGAGGCCGGCGAGGACAAGGCCGAGGGGCCCAAGGCCGAGGGCGGCUCGGGAGCGGAGCCGAAGGAGUGCAAGGACGGCGCGGGCAAGGCGUGCGAGGGGGCCAAGGAGGCGGGCGAGGCGGGCGCGGCGCCCGGCGUCCCCUGCAGCUCCUCGAGCGCCGAGUCCCCCAGCCACCUGCUCGGGCCCGGCAUCGGCAAGGCCGAGGUGAAAUACCUCCCGCCGGCCUCCCUGCCCGCGCCGCAGCCGCUGCCCUUCGGAUUCCCCUACACCGUGAGCCCCUACUUCCAUGCAGGCACCAUGGGAGGUCUGUUCCUGGACGGGGAGGAGAGCCCGGCGCUGGAAGACAUCAGCAAAUGGACAGUGGAGGACGUCUGCAGCUUCGUGUCCAACUUGUCUGGCUGCACCGAGUACACUCAGGUAUUCCGAGAGCAGGCCAUCGACGGGGAGACCCUGCCCCUCCUGACAGAAGAGCACUUACUGAACAACAUGGGGCUCAAGCUGGGACCUGCCCUCAAGAUCAGGUCACAGGUGGCCAAGCGGCUGGGCCGGGUGCUGUGCAUGGCCGGGUUCCCGGUGGCGCUGCCGGGGCUGCGGCCCCCGGAGCGGGAGGCGCCGGCGGGCGAGCUGCGCCCAGCCUCCACGGGCAGCGUGGCCUCGCCCUUCGGCGGCGCCGUGCCGGGCAGCAGGGGCUCCCCCAAGCAGGAGAACGGCAACGCUCCCCUCCUCAGCGACACCCCCAAGCCCCCGUCCUAACUGCGGCAGCGCCCGGGAGCCAGGGAACGCCGCCGAGGAAGGGACGGGCUUUGGGGGGAAGGAAAGAAGGAAAAUGAUCCAAAGAUGUUGUCGUGGGACGACGCCAAGUGAAGAGAAGGAUGCUGGAGGAUGGAGGCAGCGUUCCCGUUCCCUUCCACACUCCUCGGAGGAGCUGGAGAGCCCUGCACAGGGAAAACCACGGACAGGCUGCUCUCUGCCUUCAGGACUGCGGGCUGUGACUCCACAGGGAAGGGAAGGGAAGAGGCUCUGCUCCUCCCACCGCUACUUCGAGCAAAAAAAUACCGAAAAAAGCAAAACCCAUCCACACCCACCCCGGCCACCUUCCCAGGCCUCUCCUCCUCCCUGGAAACUGGGCUCACUUCCUCAGUCAGGUGUUCUAUGCAUCUCGAGCAACUUCGAAAACAAUACCAAAGACAGACAAAAAGGAUAAAAAAAAGACAAAAAAAAAAAAAAAAAAAAAGGACAGAAAUAAAAAAGCGGCAAGUUCCCGUCCAUGUUUACUUUGUGCGGAUGGUACAGAGCCCCCCUGCCCUGGCACCGUGCCCUGCAGGGGUGGCUCCUUCCCGGGCAGGUUUGGGGAGGAGGGGUCCCAGCCCGGCUGCCCCCAGCCUCAUUUCUGCGGCUGCUCUGAAGCCCUGUGCCGAGGUGGAGGCGUUGCACAUUGUUCUGCGCGGAGCACAGGCAGAGCCCUGCGACAGGCUGCGAACCGUGGGCAGUUUUUGUUACUGUGAAUGAGCUGGGAACUCCUGGGGGUGACCUCCUGUGACUUGUACAGUUGUGAGCAACAAUCACAUGUGGUACUUUUCUCUCUCUCUCUCUUUCUCUCCCCCCCAAUCCCCGUUUUUUUUUUCUGUUGUUUUAUUUUUUUGUUUAAACGUUGCACGUGCUGCCGUUUUUUCUUACAGAAUAGCUUUGGUGGUACUUUAGCUUCUUUAUAUUGUAAAAAAAGGAAAAAAAAACCAACAAAACCAAACCUCAUUAUCCAUCACGUCACGAUAAAAAAAUGCUUUCCAGCAAUCAAUUUAAAUAAAAAAGAAAAACACUUAAUUU